AUGACUGAUGGCGAGGGGAGAGCGCGCUUUGACUACACAGAGGGCCCCGAGGUGAGGGGGCAGGAGCAGGAGCAAGAAGAGGAGGAGGACGUGCACCAGGAGGUGAGGCUCGCCAUACACCCGGGCCACAAUGUCGGCCCUGGAGGAGGCCGAGAAGAGGAGGAAGAAGAGGAGGAGGAGGAGGAGGUGGAGAGGAAGACGAGGAGUAGUAGUGGAGGAGAGUGGAGUCCUGACGUGGAGGAGCAUGAAGAGCAGGAACCGGAGCUGGAAGUUGGACCACCAUUGGGAGUUCGAAUCCAUGCGCCCAUUCGUGAUCCAGAUUGUGUGUCUGAGGAGGAGGAGCAGCAGCCGUACCCUGCCCUUGCCCCGGUGGCGUUCUUCUGCUUGAAGCAAACAACACGGCCUCGCAACUGGUGUCUUCGCGUCGUCUGUAACCCAUAUCCUUUUUAUACUCUGGAAACCUAG